CGGUGUGUAUAUUAAGAGCCCGUGCUGGAGCGCGGCUGCAUUUUGGGGGUCGGCACUCGCAGGGACUGCCGUGCAGAGAGGAGGGGACCGCGGAGCGCCGCACCGCAGUGAGUUCUCUUUCAGCUCUGCUAGCGCUGCAGCCCGGCUCCUCUCUCCCCUCGCUGCUUCUGAUCCUACUCUGCCCUCCCUAGGCUACCGCUACAGUGCCCGUGUGGGAGAGCCCAGCAUGCCACAGUACAAGCUCACCUACUUCAACCUGCGGGGACGAGCAGAGAUCAGCCGCUACCUCUUCGCCUAUUCGGGCAAGAAAUACGAAGACCACAGGAUAGAAGCAGCAGACUGGCCCAAAAUCAAGCCAACUAUCCCAUUUGGCAAACUCCCCAUUCUGGAAGUAGAUGGAGUUAUAAUUCAUCAGAGCCUGGCAAUAGCAAGAUAUCUUGCCAGAGAAGCAGGUCUGGCAGGCCAGACACCUGUGGAACAGGCCUUAGCUGAUGCCAUUGUGGACACCAUCGAUGAUUUCAUGACACUGUUCCCUUGGGCAGAGAAAAACCAGGACGUGAGAAAAAAAGCAUUUGAUGAUAUCCUCACCAACAAAGCACCUGAGCUACUGAAAGAUUUGGAUACUUUCUUAGGGGAUAAGAAGUGGCUAGUAGGGAAUUCUGUAACGUGGGCUGAUUUCUACUGGGAUGUGUGCAGUACGACACUUCUGUCCUGUAAAUCUGACCUGGCAGACAAAUACCCCAGGCUUUUGGCUCUCAGGGAGAGAGUGCAAGCACUUCCAGCUAUUGCAGCCUGGAUCCAGAAAAGGCCAAAGAGUGUAAUGUAGAUCAGCUGCUCAGAAAAACAAAUGCGCUUGUUUAGUUUUCAAUAUGACAAGCAUCCCAAGUUAUUAACUCCUGAAUCAAUUAAAUUAACUUCAGAUGGCUAUGCUGUAUCAAAUCAAAAUCUACUACUUGUAUCCACUUGCUAGAAAAUCUAAAACACUGAUUUAGUAGAGUAAUAAACACUGAUUCACUGAA